AUGCCGCGUCUCGAACUGAAUGAUAAUGUAGAAAAGGCGCUCGACAGUGAUGCAGGCAUCCCAGCCACGCGUGUCGUCUCUGGCAGACGCUUUAUCCGUUGGGAUGCCCUCCCAGACCUCCUCGCGUCUGCUCACAAGCAGAUUAUCGGUCUCCCCUUUGAUUUCUUCACCUGGGCGUCAUCUGGUUUGUCAGGAUCUGCAACCACCAGCUGGACCCCCUCUGCCACGCCCCAGCACCUCAUUGCCGUCCUCCAUGCUGCCCCACUGAACAUCAACAUCCUCAGCUGGAAAAAAUCAACCAUUGAACAUCUGCUUGAUCUCCUGAAAACGAGGCAGAUCAGGGUCGACGACGCAACCGAUGAUACCGUGUUCACAAUCACCCUUCCUGAUGGAGGCCUCUUUCGAGUGCCCAGUUGGCCGCCAAUCGAUAUCUCGAAACCGUCUGUCGCAGAGCGUUCUAUUGCGCCGAGCGUAGGCAUCCGCAGGAGAAACUCCAAGCGCACGGGUAUGGAGGAAUUUGAGACGGAAGACAACACAAUUCGUCCAAAUGAUCCACCAAGUGGGGAUGAGCGUUCACUGGGUGAAUCGACUCGUCCAGGCAGCGAGGUGGACAGGCCUGCGGUCGGACAUACCAUUUCAGAGGACACGCAUAUGCACUCUCGACGUUCAAGCGCAAGUGGCAUGGUUUCUGGUCUCAAGCGUCCCCGGAGUGCUGAUGCGGGCUUGUCGGAUAAUGAUGAGCCUCGCAAGUCGGUUGCAUCUAUUCCUACAUAUCCGGCUGAUCCGCAACGAGGUCCGUCGACAGGGCCUGGAGCCAAACAGGGUCACACAGGGCACGUCAGAGGGCACUCCAUCGAGGUCCCGUCAUGGAUAAAGGGUCAGCACGAGUCAAUUCCUGCUCACUCGGGAAUUUCUGCUCCGACGAGUACAAUUUCAAGCAUAACUCCCGGUACCAUUCCGACAUCAUACACGCCCCCCGCGCCAAACCUGUCCAUCAGCACGCUCCCCACCACGUCCGGAACAAGUGCGAGUGCGAGUGCAAAACCUGCUCAAGCGAAGAAAUGGACCCGCCGCUCGUCGCCCGACCGCGUCUUCAUGAACACGGAGCUCAAUUCUUUGCUACGCAGAGCUGGGAUGGGGAUCCCGCGACAAAAAGAUGAUGCCAGUCGGUUGCCUUGGAGCUCAAUCCCUCAAUUUUUGGCCGAGCGUGGUCUUUAUCUCACGAAUUGGCCAGAAGCAAAUCUGCCAUGGCUAUAUUCGGGCGAUCAAGGCGUCCGUCCGUCUACGUCUGGUGCCCAGCCUGGCAUCGCUGGUUAUGGAGAGGGGGAUCCAGUUGAAGGUGGAAAUAGAAUUGAGUGGCGGGAUAGGAUCGAUUGGAAAUCGUCGCCAUCUCAACGUUCCUACAAAGCCCUUGCGGCUGCACUCCGCACCGGUGAAAUUCAGAUUCUGCCUCGCCCACCUGGGAGGGACGUCCUUUUUGAAGUCAAGGAUCCUCAAGGACGCAAAUAUGAUUCAACAUUGGGAUUGAGCAACGCGUGGAAGCUGCGUUGGAUGCGCGACCCGGUUCCUGGAACCGUUGGUACUAGUGUUACUGGUGCUUCAACUUCUUCUGUACCAUCGACUUUGGAGACAGAUGCACCCGUUCAAGUCCAGCAGGAGCGAGAACGCGGUCGACCAGGCUAUGCGAGGCAUCAUACUCGCUCUCGCUCGCAUUCUCCCCAUUUCUCGACUGCUCUCCGGGGUGCAGGUACAGGAAUAAUCAGUGCAUCACGUUCUAUCCGCGGUAUUCCCGGACACACCCGACACUCGUCUGGUGGGCUCCCUCCGCCAGGAAGUCCCCUCAAUCUUCCUCUCCCGGGAGGUGCUAUGCCUCUUACUGGAAGUCCAAGCGCUCUCUCGAUUCCGAGUAAAAGUGCCCCUAUUCAGCACAGAGGAGAUAGUUUUCAACGGACCGAAUCUGCAUCCUCGUCACCAACCUCAUACAGGCCCCCAUCAUCAUUUGCCUUUCCACCGCUCUCGAGUUCGCAUGCGCCGUUUUCAUCGCUGUCGUCGGCACAGUUUGGUCCAAGCUCGCCGUUGCAACCGGGAUUUACCGCUAGUUCUUCUUUGCGCCCUUCAUCGCAUCCAGUGCUACCCUCUCAACCCCUACGUGGCUCAUCCUAUCCGCCCGUACCUGGCCUCCCAUCGGCAUUGUCAACUCCGAGCUCCAACAAGAAUCCCCAACGAGACCACUUUUCGACUUCUGGACGAGCGUCUUCUUCAACGAGUAGACGGACCUACUCCCCUGGUCCAGAGGGCUCACCUUCCAGAUUGCGACAUCACCCAUAUGACCGCGCUCCGAGCCCAAUGUUACUGGGCAGAACGUCGUCAACAUAUUCGCUCCCCUCGCUCCUAAACGCAGGAUCGGCCGGUCCGACCUCCGGUAAAUCGAACCCCCUUCGUCUUGACCCAAGUCCUGGAAGGUCCUCCACGAGAAUGGAUGUGGAUCCCAACGAAGAAGCACCGUUUCAGCGCACGCUACCCCCGAUCUUGCGUGGUGCUCCAUUUACAGAGGAGCGUGGUUCAUCCUAUGCGUAUCCGUUAUCCGAGGAGCGAAGAGUAGAAUCUUCUCGUUCACAGGCGGAAACUGGCGAGCCGGCGUUGAUGCACUAUGAUGGCGCUACGGUGAUGCGAAGGCGAAGGCCUUCAACCGCCCCAUCGUAUCCUUCCAUCUCUGCUCCUCAGCCAAUCCUGGGUAGGGACGACUACCAUCGUCGGGUGGACUCGUCGACGUUUACACCACUUUCACCAACCGGAUUCUCCUCUUCCUCUGGCUCACUCUUACACGCAGCACCUUCAUCUAUAACCUAUGAUAGCCCGACCCCUCAAUCGUCAUCACCAGCGUCGAGCGCCAUCCCAACGCACCUCCCGCAUCCGACGGCUGCAUUCUCACAACCGAUAUGGGAUGCGAGAGGAAAGACAUGGACGCUGAGUGUGAUUGAUCCCGAGCGUGCGGCAUUGCCACCGUUGGGUGACGAAGUCGUCUGGGACGUUCAGAGGGGCGUAUGGCGAUUGCGCUGGAUGGCAAGCGUGGGGAUGAAUACGAUCUCUAGCUUGACGAUGGCCUCAUUGACCUCUGCGCCUGGUGGGUCGUCCUCGAGCGAGGAAGGGUCCUCUCAGCGCACGCUUGGUGUUGCCGAUUCGCCUAUUGCCGUCUGGAAUGUAGAGCAAGAUGCGUGGAUCUUGAUCCCCUAA